ACUUACACCAGUGGGGCUGGGCUGUACCCAGGCUACUGGGCAGCUGCCUUCUUCACCCAGCAGCCUCCUUUCCUGGAACCCUCCACAGUUUCAAGUCCUGGCCCACUGACAGAGGUGUGAGCAGGAGGAAGUGGAGGUGGCCUGGUGACAUCAGGCUAAUGCUGCAAGGGGUGUGAGAAGAGGAGCCGCUGUGCACUGCUGAGCUGCCAGACUUGAGAAGGAGGAUGGAGCUGGAGUGAGGUGACUGGGCCGCAACCUGCUGACCGGCACAUUGCUGGGGCACUGCUGACUGGUGGAUCACUGAGGCUGGACCACGUUCAUGGCUCUCGGGUAGAACUCAGUGAAACGGCCAGAAUGAAUUCUAUGGACAGGCACAUCCAGCAGACCAAUGACCGACUGCAGUGCAUCAAGCAGCACCUCCAGAAUCCUGCCAACUUCCACAAUGCCGCCACGGAGCUGCUGGACUGGUGUGGGGACCCACGGGCCUUCCAGCGACCCUUUGAGCAGAGCCUCAUGGGCUGCCUGACGGUGGUCAGCCGGGUGGCAGCCCAGCAAGGCUUUGACCUGGACCUUGGCUACAGACUGCUGGCUGUGUGUGCCGCGAACAGGGACAAGUUCACUCCCAAGUCUGCUGCGCUACUGUCCUCCUGGUGUGAAGAACUCGGCCGCCUGCUGCUGCUGCGGCAUCAGAAGAGCCGCCAGAGCGACGCCCCUGGGAAACUCCCCAUGCAGCCCCCCCUCAACUCCAUGAGCUCCAUGAAACCCACUCUGUCACACAGUGAUGGGUCCUUCCCCUAUGACUCUGUCCCUUGGCAGCAAAACACCAACCAGCCUCCCGGCUCCCUGUCCGUGGUCACCACUGUUUGGGGAGUGACCAACACAUCCCAGAGCCAGGUCCUUGGGAACCCCAUGGCCAAUGCCAACAACCCCAUGAAUCCAGGCGGCAACCCCAUGGCAUCAGGCAUGACCACCAGCAACCCCGGCCUCAACUCCCCGCAAUUUGCUGGGCAGCAGCAGCAGUUCCCGGCCAAGGCCGGCCCCGCGCAGCCCUACAUCCAGCAGAGCAUGUACGGCCGGCCCAACUACCCCGGCAGUGGGGGUUUUGGUGCCAGUUACCCUGGGGGUCCUAGCGCCCCUGCCGGCAUGGGCAUCCCUCCUCACACCAGGCCACCUGCUGACUUUACACAGCCGGCAGCAGCCGCUGCAGCAGCAGCAGUGGCGGCAGCGGCAGCCACAGCCACGGCCACGGCCACAGCCACCGUGGCAGCCUUGCAAGAGACGCAGAACAAGGACAUGAACCAGUAUGGACCGAUGGGUCCCACCCAGGCGUAUAACAGCCAAUUCAUGAACCAGCCCGGGCCACGGGGGCCUGCCUCCAUGGGGGGCAGCAUGAACCCUGCCAGCAUGGCGGCUGGCAUGACGCCCUCGGGGAUGAGCGGCCCUCCCAUGGGCAUGAACCAGCCCCGGCCGCCCGGCAUCAGCCCCUUUGGCACACAUGGGCAGCGGAUGCCCCAGCAGACCUACCCGGGCCCCCGGCCCCAGUCCCUUCCCAUUCAGAGCCUAAAGAGGCCGUACCCAGGAGAGCCCAAUUAUGGAAACCAGCAAUACGGACCAAACAGCCAGUUCCCCACCCAGCCAGGCCAGUACCCCACGCCCAACCCUCCAAGGCCGCUCACCUCUCCCAACUACCCCGGGCAAAGGAUGCCGAGCCAGCCCAGCACCGGGCAAUACCCGCCCCCCACGGUCAACAUGGGGCAGUAUUACAAGCCAGAACAGUUUAAUGGACAAAACAACACCUUCUCUGGAAGCAGUUACAGCAGCUAUAGCCAAGGGAACGUCAACAGGCCUCCCAGGCCGGUUCCUGUGGCAAAUUACCCCCACUCACCUGUCCCAGGAAACCCCACGCCCCCCAUGACCCCAGGGAGCAGCAUCCCUCCCUACCUGUCCCCCAGCCAAGACGUCAAACCCCCCUUCCCACCUGAUAUCAAGCCAAAUAUGAGCGCCCUGCCGCCUCCCCCAGCCAACCACAACGAUGAGCUGCGGCUCACCUUCCCCGUGCGGGACGGUGUGGUGCUGGAGCCCUUCCGCCUGGAGCACAACCUGGCCGUCAGCAACCACGUGUUCCACCUGCGGCCCACGGUCCACCAGACACUGAUGUGGAGGUCUGACCUGGAGCUGCAGUUCAAGUGCUACCAUCACGAGGACCGGCAGAUGAACACCAACUGGCCAGCCUCGGUGCAGGUCAGCGUCAACGCCACGCCCCUCACCAUCGAGCGUGGCGACAACAAGACCUCACACAAGCCCCUGCACCUGAAGCAUGUGUGCCAGCCAGGCCGCAACACCAUCCAGAUCACCGUCACCGCCUGCUGCUGUUCCCACCUGUUUGUGCUGCAGCUGGUGCACAGGCCCUCUGUCCGCUCUGUGCUGCAAGGCCUCCUUAAGAAACGCCUCCUGCCGGCAGAGCACUGCAUCACGAAAAUCAAGCGCAAUUUCAGCAGCGUGGCUGCCUCGUCCGGCAGCACGGCCCUCAGUGGGGAGGACGGCGUGGAGCAGACGGCCAUCAAGGUUUCUCUGAAGUGCCCCAUCACAUUCCGACGCAUCCAGCUGCCUGCCCGUGGCCACGACUGCAAGCACGUCCAGUGCUUUGACCUGGAGUCGUACCUGCAGCUGAAUUGUGAGCGAGGCACCUGGAGGUGUCCUGUGUGCAAUAAAACUGCUCUCCUCGAGGGCCUGGAGGUGGACCAGUACAUGUGGGGGAUCCUGAACGCCAUCCAACACUCCGAAUUCGAAGAAGUCACCAUCGACCCCACGUGCAGCUGGCGGCCGGUGCCCAUCAAGUCAGACCUGCACAUCAAGGACGACCCCGACGGCAUCCCCUCCAAGCGCUUCAAGACCAUGAGCCCCAGCCAGAUGAUCAUGCCCAAUGUCAUGGAGAUGAUUGCAGCCCUGGGCCCUGGCCCAUCCCCCUACCCGCUCCCACCACCCCCUGGGGGCACCAACAACAGCGACUAUAGCAGCCAAGGCAACAAUUACCAGGGCCAUGGCAACUUCGAUUUCCCCCACGGGAACCCCGGAGGGACAUCCAUGAAUGACUUCAUGCACGGGCCCCCCCAGCUCUCCCAUCCCCCAGACAUGCCCAACAACAUGGCCGCCCUCGAGAAGCCCCUCAGCCACCCCAUGCAGGAAGCUAUGCCACACGCUGGCAGCUCUGACCAGCCCCAUCCCUCCAUACAACAAGGUUUGCACGUUCCACACCCCAGCAACCAGUCAGGGCCUCCAUUACAUCACAGUGGGGCUCCUCCUCCUCCUCCUCCUUCCUCCCAGCCUCCCCGGCAGCCGCCACAGGCCGCUCCCAGCAGCCAUCCACACAGCGACCUGACCUUUAACCCCUCCUCAGCCUUAGAGGGUCAGGCCGGAGCGCAGGGAGCAUCCGACAUGCCGGAGCCUUCGCUGGAUCUCCUUCCAGAACUCACCAACCCUGACGAGCUCCUCUCCUACUUGGACCCCCCCGACCUGCCAAGCAAUAGUAACGAUGACCUCCUGUCCCUCUUUGAGAACAACUGAAGGCCAUCCCCGCUGGGGCCAGUCCUCCCUUACCACUCAGCCUCCUACCCCGUCUGCCCUACAUGCUCUCCUCCCGGGAGCCCGGGCCUUUGGCUCAGUCUCCCUCGCCCAGAGGCGCAGGCCUAGGGCCGGGGAGCCCUCCCCUGCUGCAACCUCGAUGUGGAUGUGGAGGAGGCCGUGUGGAGCUGCGGCCCACCUCCUGCCUGUCGGCCCUGGGCCUGGGCCCACGCUCUGAGCAGGCCCCGAAGACAACCCCCUAAGGGGGACCCGGCCCUGCGAGAGGUGCCCGGCAGCGGCAGUAGCACUGACAGCUUCUGGUCCCUGUGGGAGCCGACUCUAGGUGACCUUCCAGUGUGCCCCAAAGUUCUUCCAUUUUCUAGACUGUAACCCUCCCUGCUUCCUGGCCCAGAGCCUCCUUCAAGUGACUGUGGAGCCUGAGAGAAAGGGCUCCCCUACCCUGAAAUCCAAGGGUGGGGGCCCAGACCUUGGAGGAGCAGUGACAGUGGUGGCAGGGAGAUCAGCCUGCCCACCACCACCACCACCAAAAAGCACAAACCUCUGGGAAGGAACAUCUCUCAGGGGUCAGGGGUCCUUGGGUUGACCCCUGACCUCUAAGCCAAGCCACCCUGACAGCACUCUCAGACCGUGAAGAAGGACAUGCUUGUGUGUUUGACAGAGGGUCUGCCCACUCCUGCUUGGGGACUGGUGGGAAAGGGGCUCAGGGCUUGCCCAGAACCAGGACAGUGCGUGGAGCAAAGUGUGGGGGUGGGGGGGAAGCAUGACCUUCCGAGUCAGACCAGCACCGGGCCUUGGAGGGCAGAGAGCACGGAUGGACCCAGUUGGGAGCGUGUCCUUGGGUGGAGAACUGGGGGCUGCUUGCCAGCUGGUGUCACACUUGCAGCUUUGCCCACCCCACCCCCACCCCCAAUUUUUAAGCAGUGACAAUUAUGUUGGACUUGGACAGAAAGUAAAUAAUUUCUCCAUGUAUUCAGUUUCUGCUUCACCCAGCGCCCCUCCCCCCCCGUACCCACCCUUCCAAGACUGUGCUAGGGGGUACCUGUUUCCCUGUGUGUCUUGGUUCUCUUGAUCAGAGGGACGGCAGCGAGGCAAAGGAGGCACAGGGGUCCCGGAUGUCUGCAGCCUCUGUCCGUCUGUGCCUGUGCCCAGGGCUGUGUCCAUUGCCGUGCGUCCCAUGGCUGCCUCGGACACUGCCCUUGGCCGCCAGCCUUGCCUCCCCUUUCUUUCGAGUCUACCCUGACUAUAGAGGUCGUUCUUGCUUCAGCGGGGACGGCUUUUGGUCUUCCCUUCCCUGCCCAGCUCAGUCUGGCCUUGCCCUCCUCGGGGAGCGUGUCCUGAGUCUGCCUGUGUCCCAGGCUCGUGGGUUGCUCCCCUGAGCUGCACAGCCCGUGGUUAACAUCGGGACCGUCCACUCACUUGGGUCCUGUCUGUAAAUUCUUUGCGCCCUUCCCUGCUGCCGCCUGCUGGGCCCUUUCCCGGCCAGCAUCCUCGGUCACUGUCGGUCUCCUGUCCCUCCUCAUGGUGGGUGGUCCCCAGCACUCCUGUGUACCGGGAAGGUGGCCCCAGCUGCUGACUUCAGUAACAGCCCUUGGCACAAGGUUCUCUGUUGGAGUUGUCAUUGUCCCCACUCCACCCUUACCUACUACCCCCCUUUUUUUUUCCUCUGUCCCGUUUGUUGAGGUUUUCCCAGAUAGCGUUCAGUAUGCAAAUCAAUUAUUUUAAGAAAUGCUUUUUGUAAAUAUCUUUGUGAAUAUUUUAGUAUCGUCUUUGAUAAUAUUCAACAUUUUCAUGACCUGGUUAUAGCCUUUGCUGGUGUUUUUAAAAUACCUGACUCAAUGACAAAAACUGAGUCCUUCUGUUUUCUUUCUUUCUUCCUUCUUAUUUUUUUAAAAAAACAAAACAAAAACAAAAAAGCAACCAGGGCUAUUGUACAGAUGAGGGACAUCCGGGUGAGUGGCUGCACUGGGGGGCCAGGAAGCCAGGUGACCACUGUCCCAAGCCAUCUCCAAGCCAGCUAUUGCUGGGCAGCUUGUAGCCCUAUAGCUGGCCAUGCUCUGUGUUGGACCAUCUGCCCCAGCCACACUUGGCAGACACCUGCCUUCCAAGCUUCCACUCCCUGCCAUUUGAUGCUUGGCCCAAUGUGACUUUUCCAGGUUCUUGCCUGGCAGGUUCUUGCCCUGCUAUGCCUAGACAGACUCUACUCAUAGGUCUAUCUAUGGCUUCCCAGUGCCCAAGGCUAUAUGCUCGCCAAAGCACGGGCUCCCCCAACCCCAGUCAUCUCUGGCCUUGGCACCUGACACUAGCCCCUGGGUCCCUUCCCAAGCAGGCCUCUCUACCAGCAAGUUCAUCCAAGAGAGGCUGGACCCGGAUCGUGGUGCCUGAAGCUCCCUAGUACUUGGGGCGGGAAGUGGGGGAUUGUCCUCUUCCAGGGUGACCUUGGGGUACAAAGGCAAAGUCAAGAAGGGUGGGGAUUCAGGCAGGCUGCCACAGGAGCCAGCAACAAGAGGCAGCGUGUCAGCAAGGCAGGCACAAGCCUGAGAAGACAACUGCCCAUCCUUCCAGAUUCCCGCCUUCAGCCCUAAGUCACCUUGGCGGGGGGAGGGAAAGAAAAACAAGACCUUGGCAAGCCACCCUGUGGGACAAGCAUCGAUCCAACCCCCAGGUCCAUUUCUGCCGCCACUCGCCAGCCAGCAAACCAGUCCGCCAGGCAGAGAGCAGGCAGUCACCCCCAUCUUCUUGGUUUGAAGCUUUAUCUGUGUUCCAUGUUCUGUAGCCAUUUUAUUUAAAAAAAAAAAAAAACAAAAAACUUGUAGCCCUUGUUCCUUAAUGGAAGCCCCCCACCCCAACCCCCACAAAACCACAGGCGUUCCCCAACUGGGGUUGGGGGAGACACCCGGGCCUGCCUCAUCCGGACAAGAAAAUAUCAGCAGCAUGAUCCCAAGGGAUGUGUGUACAUAUGUAAAUGAGAAAUAGACACGUCAACAGAUGCAUUCUUUUCUCUCGGAAUGUGUAUUGUUUUUAUUUUACAAGACAAAACAAAAAAAAAGAGGCUUGGAACUCCAUCUUACGUGGAAAAACUAGAUCUCGUUUGUUAGUGUUUGUGAGCUCUCCACGUUUGUCUCACUCAUGUAAUAUACUCGGCCCCCUGUGUGGAAAAGGUUUUUGUUUUUUGUUUUUCUUUUGACUUACAUGUACUAUUUAGCCGCAGCGUGCUUGUCCUGCCACCUGUGUAAUUUCUAGGGUGCUAUGGAAAACAAUGAGAAGCAACUGGGGACUUCAGAAGAAAAUUGUAACCAAAUUCACACUUUGUAUAAUUUUUGAUAUCAUGAUCGCAGAUGAUGUCAUGUGCACACAUCGACACCCCCGCCAGUGCAGCCUGAAAGUGACAGCCACAGGAACCCUCAUUCGUCCUUGUACGUUGUCUCUACAAUGCAAUCAUUUCAUACCCUCGACUGGUCAGAAAACUAAUUGUGAUUUCUAGUCUUGCAAAGCUGUAUGUAGUUAGAUGAUGUGGCGACCUCUAAUAUUUAUCUAAUAAAUAUGUAUUCAGAUGAAACCUGUAUAUUAGGUGUUCAUGUGGUUAUUUUGUAUUUAAAGAUCAGAUUAUUUGACUAUUGCUAGACAUUUCUAUACUCUGUUGUAACACUGAGGUAUCUCAUUUGCCCAUGUUAAUUUUUUUCUAAAUAAAUGGACAAAAAAUGAA